ACGUUGGUCCAAUUAAACGCUCUAGGCUUUAUAAUAAAUUUUCAUUGCAAAAGUUCCAAACAUACAAGAGAAAAAAGCGCGGCGUGCCGAUAAUGUGCAAUAGAAUUUCCUGUAUUUCAAUCUAUUGGAAAAAAUCUAUUAAAUUGAAAUAAGUGAUUGUGUUUUUAGCAAUCCAAUUGAGUGUGUAGAAAAAAGGGCAAUACGGCGAGAUUUUUUCUUUUAUUGAAUGUUGUGGUGCGUGAUUUUUAACUGCUUCUGCUGUUGCUGUCAUCUAAUUUAAUUAGUGCAUAUUAGAGAAAAUUGCCCCAAUGUAUUGAUAUAUAAACAAAAAAGGGGUCAUGAGUUCGCUAUAUUAUACAAUGUCUCCAACCAAUUCAAAAUAUUUUAUUACAUCGAAUGAAAAAUAAAAGUUUCGGUCUUUUUCUCUCUCGUUCACGCUCACUCAAUUCUCAUUCGUUUUCAUUCCGCAAAACUUUAUGUGCAUUCAUUAUUAUUAAUGAGACCAGUAAAAGUGCAAAUGUGGAAAUAAACGUUUUUCUCACUCGCGUACAUAUAUAUAUUCCGAUGGCUCACAGUAAAUAAUAUGAAAAGUUCAUUUGGUUAAAAGUAUGGAUGUGUUUUUAUGGGUUGUUACUUUCGCGUUACUAAGUUUGUGCGAAAAUUUAUGAAAUUUGAAUUUCAAAAGAACGAAAACCGAGAAUAGAGUGAAUAGAAAGAAUAACGAGACAGAAUAGGUGAUUGAAAGUUGGGUGCGUAGAUGCAAACAAACUUAGGUGUGAUCAUAUCCGUACGGCACUUAUCAUAUAUGAUGAAUUUAAGAAAUCCAUUUAAUGGAUUUUCCAUAUUUGUAAUUCUAUUCCUUUGCAACGAACAAAUGAGUAUAUAUAUUGUUGAUGCCUCGAGCCAUUACAGUAAUAGCAGCUAUAGCCAAGGAGAAGAGCAUUCAACAUUGUCAUUGUCUGAUAUAAUGCCAAUAACACAACGUUCAUAUGACAAAAAUCGAGCGCCCAAACUUAUAAAGCAGCCCACGGUUGUUUAUUUUCACGUCACUGUUCUCAGUCUUGAUUCAGUGAAUGAAGAAUCAAUGACCUAUGUGACGGACAUAUUUUUGGCGCAAAGUUGGCGAGAUCCUCGUCUUCGUUUACCCUCCGAUAUGCUAGAAGAAUAUCGAAUACUUGAUGUCGAAUGGCUGCAUGACAUUUGGAGACCGGACAGUUUUUUCAAAAACGCAAAGAAAGUCACAUUCCACGAAAUGAGCAUACCAAAUCAUUAUCUCUGGUUAUAUCGUGAUAAAACCCUACUUUAUAUGGCUAAGUAUAUGCAACACUCUUCACUUUUUUUUAUCACUUUGGUAUAUUGUGUUUCAACAUCUAUAACUAUAAAAUGUGGUGCCACGCUUGUUUUUUUUAUGAGUAGAUUGACGUUACAUCUGAGCUGUGCAAUGAAAUUCGAAAGCUAUCCGCAUGAUACACAAGUGUGUUCCAUGCUAAUCGAAAGCCUGUCGCACACGGUGCAGGAUUUAGUAUUUAUAUGGAAUAUGACCGAUGCGCUGGUCGUAAAUGACGAUAUUGAAUUACCACAACAGGAUAUUUCAAAAAUUUAUACCAACGAUUGUACAAUAGAAUACAGCACGGGCAAUUUUACAUGUUUGGCUGUGGUAUUUGAAUUACGGCGCCGCUUGGGCUAUCAUCUCUUUCACACGUACAUACCUUCAGCGCUCAUUGUGGUCAUGAGUUGGAUUUCAUUCUGGAUAAAACCUGAAGCAAUUCCAGCCCGCAUCACCCUUGGUGUGACGUCUCUAUUGACUCUAGCCACACAAAAUACACAGUCACAGCAAUCAUUACCACCUGUAUCGUAUGUAAAAGCGGUUGAUAUUUGGAUGUCAUCGUGUUCGGUGUUCGUAUUUAUGUCCCUCAUGGAAUUUGCCGUCGUUAAUAACUUUAUGGGGCCGGUUGCAACAAAAAUGAUGAAAGGCUUUUCAGAAGAGAAUGUUGGACAAGAUGCGAAUACAAAUGGACGAGGUUCGAAGCGAAAAUCCAUUGAACAUCGGCCGUCAAUACAGCCGCAAUAUGAUACAUUUUGCAAUGGCAGGGAAACAGCAUUAUACAUCGAUAAAUUUUCACGUUUUUUCUUUCCAUUUUCCUUUGUCAUUUUAAAUAUUUUGUAUUGGACGACAUUUUUGUAAAGGAGAAGAAAAAUGAUAUAUUUUUUGGUGUGCCAACUCCACUUAUGAUUGACAGCGAUUUUUAUACCCAUUUGGGAUGCCAACAAAUAUUCCCAAAAGAAAUUGAAGUAAAAAGCGAAUAAUUGACCUAAACUAAAUAAAACCACAGUCAAAUUCAAUAAUUUUAAGAAUUCAUUUCAUGUUUAUUUUUAUUUUUUCGAUUGAAUUUAUAUUUUUCGAGCAUUCUCUUUACAAUUAA